GUCACACGCAGCCUCCCCUCCCUCCCCUCUGCCCCAGCCCUUAAAAAGCUUUAUACCGCCAAGAAUCCCUUGGAACGGGAGAGGCGGGAGCAGGGACGGGCAGGCAGAGGAGAGGCAAAAGUGUCUCCGCAUCAGCGGAGGGUUUGGAGCAGAGCAGGGAAAUCAGGGAUACCCGGGGACAGGGGCGUGGGCAUCCUCAUCCUCAGUGCCACGUAAAUGUUCUCUCCUGUCAGGGAAGGAGGCAGGAGGCAGCGCGGGGACCCGAGGACGAGCCCAGCUCGCCGGUGAUGGCAUGGACCGGCCGCUGCUCCAGCCGCGCUUCCCACGCCCCGCUCCCGCCCGGCUGCCCCCGAGGGCGCGACACUGAUGCGGAGCCGCUCGUAGCGACCCAGCCAUGGCUGGAGAUUCCAGGAUCUUCAUGAACCAGGACAUGGACAUCGGGGUGACCUCCAGGGAGCCCAAGAAGAUUCCCAAGCAGGCUCGGGACGAUGUCCCCAUCGCCACCGACCGGACGCGCCUCAUCUCGGCCGAGGGGAAGAAGCCCCGGCAGCGGUACAUGGAGAAGAGCGGCAAGUGCAACGUCCACCACGGCAACGUGCAGGAGACCUACCGCUACCUCAGCGACCUCUUCACCACCCUCGUGGACCUCAAGUGGCGUUUCAACCUCCUGGUCUUCACCAUGGUCUACACCAUCACCUGGUUGUUCUUUGGGUUCAUAUGGUGGCUCAUCGCCUACAUCCGGGGAGACCUGGACCACCUGGAAGAUGAGAACUGGAUCCCCUGCGUGGAAAACCUCAGCGGGUUUGUGUCCGCGUUUCUGUUCUCCAUCGAGACGGAGACGACGAUCGGUUACGGCUACAGGGUGAUCACGGAGAAGUGCCCCGAGGGCAUCGUGCUGCUCCUCAUCCAGGCCAUCCUGGGCUCCAUCGUCAACGCCUUCAUGGUGGGCUGCAUGUUCGUCAAGAUCAGCCAACCAAAGAAAAGGGCUGAAACCCUCAUGUUUUCCAACAACGCCGUGAUCUCCAUGAGGGACGAGAAGCUCUGUCUCAUGUUCCGGGUUGGAGACCUCCGCAAUUCCCACAUUGUCGAGGCUUCCAUUAGAGCCAAACUGAUUAAGUCCAAACAGACCAAAGAAGGAGAGUUUAUUCCCCUGAACCAAACGGACAUCAACGUGGGAUUUGACACUGGAGAUGACAGGUUGUUCCUGGUGUCACCUCUGAUCAUCUCACACGAAAUCAAUGAGAAAAGCCCCUUCUGGGAGAUGUCUCGUACCCAGCUGGAGAAGGAGGAGUUUGAAAUCGUGGUCAUCCUGGAAGGAAUGGUGGAAGCAACAGGGAUGACUUGCCAGGCUCGCAGCUCCUACAUGGACACCGAGGUGCUGUGGGGACACCGCUUCACCCCCGUGCUCACCCUGGAGAAGGACUUUUACGAGGUGGACUAUAACAGCUUCCACAGCACCUACGAGACCAACACCCCCGUGUGCUGUGCCAAGGAACUGGCCGAGUCCCGCCGGGAAGGGCAGCUCCUGGGUCACCUCUGCGGUGCCACCCUGCUCAGCGGGGGCAGGGAGGCAGAGACAGCCCGGGAGGAGGAGGAGGAGGAGGAGGAGGAAGGCAGGGAGCCGGCAGGAUUGGAUGGAGCCAAUGGCACAGCAGGAGAGAUGCCCGUAUAACACCCGACCCACCCACACCCACUGGGAGACUGGUGUGGAGAGCCGGGAACGGACCGGGAGCCAGGCUGGGAUCGGUGUCCGAGCUCUGCUCCUGCCGCGCGAUCCUGGCGAGCCCAGCACAGCAGUGCCUCGGUUCCCUCCCUUUCCUCUGUACAGCCAGGCUUUGCUCUCCCCUGCAAAGCUCUCUGAUCCCUGUGGACGAGGCUCACUCCAUCUCACCGCCGGUAAAACUGAAAUUCCCACCACUGGUUGUUUCAAAAGGUGUUCGUUGGACAUUCAGAACUCUUCUCCUUCCCGAGGGGGUUCAAAAAGUCCAGAAUGGCCCAUCUCAGUAUGAAGAAUGUGAUUUCAUACCUUCACUUAAUUUGUGAGUCAAUGUAUUGUAGACAUUGUUACAGUUAAAUUAAAAAAAAAAAGGAAAAAAAAGUCUUCUUGUAUAUAGUGAAGUAUUUUGCCUUCUUGAAUUUUACAAAUAGAUUUCAGUGUUUUCCUCCAGGAUCACAGGCAUUGUGAUUUAUUUGCUGCAAAAUCUGAUAUGAACAGGGCAGCUUUCCCUGCAAACCUUUAGCAUAUUUAUCCAACAUUUUGUCUUUUUGUCUUCUCCAACUGAAGUGCUUUGUGUCAUCUCUUCAUGGAAUCUCUGACACCUUUCACAGGCUGCCCAUGAUCCGAGUAAAUUUAGAUCUUGACCCAAUGAAGGUUUUUUUCUGGUCUGGAUGUUCGAGUUUCAGUUCCAAGUGAUGAUUUCAAACAAAGGAAGUAGCUAUCUGGGACUUGAAAUGUUUUGGACUUUCAGAGUCCCUGGAGUAGUUCAGAAAAUUCUUUGCUCUUCUGCAAAGUAUGUAUUUAAAAUAAAGGUUGAGAUGCUGAUGUUCCUGUAAUGGGAACACACACUGACACAACUGAAGCCACCAGUUUCGAUCUUUAGAAGGGGCAGAGAACCAGAUUUCCCAAAGAGACUUGUCCUGUCCAGAAAAGGAAUGAGGAAAAAUAGUCUGUGAGAUGAAAGAUUUCCACAAAUUCCAACAACACAGGAAAAACCUGGCCUUGUUGGGGAAAAUCUUAUCUCUCAAACUUU